AACUUCGAAGGCAAAUAUCUACAGCACAUUUAGCACCUAUUUGAUUCGACAUCAUUCAGGUUGAUUGAGAUAUUGCAUUGAAAAUACAGAAAACAUGGCUGAUAGGUAUUCAUUCUCGUUAACCACUUUUUCUCCAAGUGGUAAAUUAGUUCAAAUUGAAUAUGCGUUAAACGCUGUCAAGCAAGGGGUGACAACCAUAGGUAUAAAAUCUGCUGAUGGAGUAGUGUUGGCCACCGAAAGGAAAGUUAACUCAAAUCUUUCGAAGAAAGAUACAAACUCCAAAGUAGAAUUGAUUACUCCAGACAUUGGUAUGUCAUACUCAGGAAUGGGUCCAGAUUUCCGGGUGCUUGUUGAUAAGGCCCGUAAGUUGGCUCAUACAAACUAUAAGAGAGUCUACAAUGAGUAUCCUCCAGUGAAAAUUUUGGUUCAAGAGAUUGCCAAAGUUAUGCAAGAAUCUACGCAAUCAGGAGGUAUAAGACCUUUUGGUGUUUCCUUGUUAGUGGGAGGUUACGAUUCUCAGACAGAUGGUUUCCAAUUGUAUCAGGUUGAUCCAUCUGGAAGUUAUUUCCCAUGGAAGGCCACUGCUAUUGGCAAGACUUCUGUAUCUGCGAAGACCUUUUUGGAAAAGAGAUGGAAUGAAAACUUGGAGCUCGAAGAUGCUAUUCAUGUGGCUUUGUUGGCCUUGAAAGAAUCUGUGGAUGGAGAGUUGACGGGUGACAAUUUGGAUAUAGCCAUUAUAAGUGGUCCUCAAGAAGAAUUAUUAGGAUUCAAGGGAACUGACAUUCCCGGUCCAAGAUUCAAGAAAUUAACCACAGAAGAAAUCAAUGACAGAUUAGAUUCCUUGUAGGAUGUUCCGUUGUUUAUUCUAUAUCCCUCAUAUAUAUUUCCGUAUAUAAAAAUAAUGAACUAACAGUUAGAGAUCGCAUCCUCACCAUUAUCGGCACGCUCAUC